UCACUAGUUACCACAGUCACAAAGUCUUAAGCUCCCCAUGUCUAAAAUUGAUAUUCUUAAAAUCUGAUUUUAAACCUAACAUUAGCCACACUCCUAACCUUAUACAUACCCCUAAAUUAAGACCAAAUAGCACCUUUUUUAAACGAAAAAGCACAUUUUGUCUUUGUGGCUGUUGUAUCUAGUGACAACCGUUUAGACCGGGGGGAUAUUUGACGUCACUAGAUAGCUAGGCUGGCUAGCUAGCGUGCUAAUUUUUGUGAAUUUUAUCCAGAAUAUUUUCCUGUGUGUAGCUACAGAUUUCCACAGUAUGAGCAACGUUGGUUUUUCGGCUACACGGGGGAUCAGCUCCGGCGGACCUGAUAAGGUCGACAUGUCUUUAGAUGAUAUAAUUCGUUUGAACAAGAAAGGGCAACAAGCAAGGAGGCCGGGCCCGGGGAACCGCAGGCCACUACAGAAGGGGAAGGUCUUUGUCCAAGGGAAGCCAGUUGGAGCGAGGACCAGGGGACAGACUCAAAGACGAGGUGGUAUAACAAGAGGUGCGAUAACGAGAGCGGGUUUUGGAAGAGGCCGAAAGAUUCCCCCUCCGGUUGGUCGACGCCGGGAUCAAGGGGUUAUCACUGGACUGGCAGCCCGGAAGACUGCAGCACUACAGAAAGGCAUCAGUCCGCUCAACCGACCUGCUAUCAACCGGAAGUUACAGCCCUUCAACAACCAAUCAUGGAGCUUCAACAACCAAUCAUGGAGCUUCAACAACCAAUCACGGCCCUUCAACAACCAAUCACGGCCUUUUAUCCAACCAGCCCAAUACAGACAGGUGCAAGGCCAAAGGAGGCCCUACAGACAGACAGACGUACAGAGCGCCGACUCGACGAGACCCUUUCAGCAGCGGAGACGGCCCUUGCCCCCUGUCCAAACCCAGAGAGAAGCCCGCCAGGCCACGUUUCUCUCCCGCAGGGGCCUCAAGGUUCACGCCCAGGUCCCGAAGCCGACUUUAACCUCUAUAUCCCCUGCCCCAGUUAGAACCCGCCAGUGGCGCACGUCAACAAACAGCAGUGGGAUCCUGACCGUUUCCAUCAACAACCCCACUGCCAUGACACAGUCUGAGCCUCCUUGUGCUUGGUCCCUGCACCCCUCGGCCCCCACCAGCUCUGCCCCAGUCAAGAUAAAGGUGGAAGAGGAGAAGAAAACGGAACCACCUAAAGGAGUCCCCUUGCAGUUUGACAUCAACAGUGUGUGGAAACCGACUGCGAUGACUUUGAAUGAGCGAUUCCGCAUCCUGAAAGACGAGCGCGUCGCCACUGCGCAGACCAGCAAAGGCAGCCGAUUCAUCACUGUGGGUUAAGACAAUGACGCAAAGGAGAAGGGGGAUCCCCAAAAGCUUUGUGUCCCAGACAGACACACACACACACACACAUACACACACACACAGAUCCCCACCUAUCUGAUGAUAUAGAACCGUUUUAAAAGGAUCCUGAGUGAUUUUCCUUAUGGAGCAGACUUGGGGUAGAAAGAGAAUGAUGCAUUCUCAGUAGGAUGAGCCUAGUAUGCUGAUAUUUGUUGCUUACUUGCAUUCAUUUUUAUGAAAACAGUAGGCAUACGUUCUAAAUUGUAUGCCGUUUGAGUAAAUAUUAGGCAAACCAGAUUUGGACACCGCCUUUUUGAUGUAAAAUAAUUAUGGUAGAAUGUUUUUUAUAUGUAUAGAUAUGGGAUACGGUUCUAUAGGAAAUGUUAUACUUUAAAAUGUUUUCAUACUAACUACAAAGUAAUUUUGUUGAAUAAACCCCUAAUUAACGUA